GAGAGUUCGUCCCCCCUUCCCCUUGAGUCUCAUUUCCACACCACUCUUCUCAGUUCGUCAAGAGAGGCAUCGAUCACCAUGACCGAGAAUGACGUUGACAACGAGCUCUUGGAUUACGAGGACGAUGAGGUUGAAAAUCAGGCAGCGGGAGACGGGGUGGACGUCCCGUCCAAGAAGGACGUCAAGGGCUCCUAUGUCUCCAUCCACAGUUCUGGGUUUCGCGAUUUUUUGCUGAAGCCAGAGCUGCUGCGUGCCAUUGUUGACUGUGGCUUUGAGCACCCCUCAGAAGUACAACACGAGUGCAUCCCGCAGGCCAUCCUGGGCAUGGACGUCCUCUGCCAGGCCAAGUCGGGCAUGGGCAAGACCGCCGUCUUUGUUCUCGCUACACUACAGCAGCUGGAGCCGGUCACGGGACAGCUGCUUCCCCUUCUUGUUCAGCUGAAUGGUCCUGUUCGGCUGCCUCAUUCUUCCCUUUUUGCUUGCCCCGCCCAGGUGUCUGUGUUCUUUGGAGGCCUGUCCAUCAAGAAGGACGAGGAGGUGCUGAAGAAGAACUGCCCCCACAUUGUGGUGGGGACCCCGGGCCGCAUCCUGGCCUUGGCCCGCAACAAGAGCCUCAACCUCAAGCACAUCAAGCAUUUCAUCCUGGACGAAUGCGACAAGAUGCUCGAACAGCUCGAUAUGCGCCGGGAUGUCCAGGAGAUCUUCCGCAUGACCCUGCACGAAAAGCAGGUCAUGAUGUUCAGUGCCACUCUCAGCAAGGAAAUCCGCCCCGUGUGCCGCAAAUUCAUGCAAGACCCCAUGGAGAUCUUCGUGGACGACGAGACCAAGCUGACGCUGCACGGGCUGCAGCAGUACUAUGUCAAAUUGAAAGACAACGAGAAGAACCGCAAGCUCUUUGACCUGCUCGAUGUGCUGGAAUUCAACCAGGUGGUGAUCUUUGUGAAGUCCGUGCAGCGCUGCAUAGCAUUGGCUCAGCUUCUGGUGGAGCAGAACUUCCCGGCCAUUGCCAUACACAGGGGGAUGCCCCAGGAGGAGAGGUUGUCACGUUACCAACAGUUCAAGGAUUUCCAGCGCCGUAUCUUGGUGGCCACCAAUCUCUUUGGCCGUGGCAUGGACAUUGAGCGAGUCAACAUUGCCUUCAACUACGACAUGCCGGAGGAUUCGGAUACCUACCUGCACCGGGUGGCUCGUGCCGGGCGCUUCGGCACAAAGGGCCUGGCCAUCACUUUUGUGUCGGAUGAGAACGAUGCCAAGAUCCUGAACGAAGUGCAGGACCGCUUUGAGGUGAACAUCAGUGAGCUGCCCGAUGAGAUCGACAUCUCUUCUUACAUUGAACAGACCCGAUAAAGGGGACCUUUCCUCUUCUACAUCAACCUUGGUUUUAAUCCCUGACCUCUUCCGCUUUCCUGAAAACUCCACGUUUAAUUUCACUUGACGGAGCACGAAGUGGCUUUGACCAUCCGGAGAUCACCCGUUCGCACCACUCCGACGAGGGGGACAGAAGAGCCACUGUCAGUAAGCUGUGUGUAGUGCCCGGAGGCCUGAGGGGAGAGCCUGCUGGGCGGGAGUCCCAUUGCCCGGCUGGCCACCAACGAGAGAAGGUCUCGGUGCCUCUCCAGGGGUGCCCCCCCACCUCCUCCUCCAGACGGAUAUCUCCACUAUCUACCAGCAGGAUGUUGGGACUCCACCAGUUACUACAUAGCAGAACAACACCACAGUUAACGUCGCUUCACUUUGUCCUUACGUCGGCAUUACGCAGAGAUCUGCCUCCAUGACGGGAAGCACAAAAGGGGAUGAGUUCUGGCAGGGGUGCUCUGUGAAUCCCCUGGCAUCGAGAAUCACAUUAUUAUUUUCUAGAAAAAAAACCCCUCUUGGGAGGGGGGAAAAACUAAAAAUAUGACUCUUCUUUUGUAUGCCCAUUCAUGCUGUUUUUAAGACUGUUUUGUGUUUUCCUGUAUGUGCGUGCCCCGUUUUUUUUUUUAUAUAAAGAAAUGUGUCUGCAUGUAAAAAUUAACCCCCUAUCCUAGGUGGUGUAUCUUGGCGGGUAAGCUAGUAGUGAAAGACUGACAUAUUAGCUGUGGCUCGUUCUAUUCCCCCUUGAUUCUCCCCCAUCCACCUUUUUUUUUGUAAUAAAGAAGCCCAGAUCUUAUGGGUAUCUAAUU